AUGGAGGACAUGGCUGAGCUGCAGGACAUGCAUGCUCUGCUCAUGAGUCGUGUGCAAAGUGUGGUGACUGCCUGUUGUGAGUACCGCAGCUCUCUGGAACAAUACGCGUACCUUUAUGUGGAGGAUCGCAGAGAGGUCCUGAGGCUCUUUCUCCUCCAUGGACAUGUGCUGACUGAUCACGAGAGGAAGAUGAACACACCUGGCAGCAUCCCAGAGAGCCCGCCCACGCUGGACUGCUUCAGAGAGCAGGUGGACCGCUAUGAAAAGCUGUAUGAGGAGAUCCAAGCUCUCCAGACGGUCUAUGUGUUCCACGGCUGGCUCAGGGUGGACUCCAGCUCCAUGAAGGCCGCACUGCUCAACACCGUCAACAAGUGGAGCUCCAUGUUCAAGCAGCACCUUAUGGAGCAUGUGAUCAACAGUCUGUCUGAGCUGGAGCAGUUCAUCAGUGACACAGGACAGGGCCUGGAGCAGCACGUGGAGAAGGGAGAGUACAGCGCUCUCGUAGGCCUCCUCUCUCACCUGCUCGCAGUCAAAAGCCGCCAACAAACCACUGAUGCCAUGUUUGAGCCCAUCCAGCAAACCAUCGCUCUGCUGCAAGACUACGGCCAGGAGCUGCCUGACAUGGUCUACAAACAUCUGCAGGUGAGACCCAUGAACACUCGAGGUCUUCUGAGCGAGCAGUAA